UAUCGACAAACAUAUACGGUAGCCGGUAAGUGAUAAAGAUGCUCUUCCAGAAUAUCGAAAAAAUGCUUUGGUCACGGGCCGCACCAAUUUUGUACAUAUGCUACCCCGCGUCCUAAGACUAUCAUUAUUUUUUUUUUUUUUGUAACCAGCGCACAACCUUCCGCGAAACCCUCUAGCCGGCCGGCAGCUACUAACCCGUUGAGAUGGUGCAAUCUAGUAGCGGCAGCUCAUCAUCAUCAGCUUCAGCUGGGAAUGGGAUCCCCGUCGUCGACCUCUCCCCUUUCUUAACCGCCGCCGACGAGACGGGGAAGAAGAAGAGGAAGGCGAUGGAGGCGGUGAAGGAAGCAUGCUCGGAGUACGGCUUCUUCCAGAUCAUCAACCACGGCGUCCCCACCACACUCAUGGACCGAGCCCUCCAACUUUCCUCCACAUUUUUCGACUUCCCCGACGACGAGAAGCGCAAUUUCAGCGCCCCACCGGGGGCUCCUUUGCCCGCCGGAUACAGCCGGCAGCCACUCCACUCUCCGGACAAGAACGAGUACCUUCUCAUGUUCCCUCCUUCCUCCCCCUUCAACGUCAGCCUCACCCGCCCUUCCGAACUCGGGGAUGUCGCGGAGGAGGUUUUCUCGUGCCUGAGCAAGACGGGGUCGCUGAUAGAGGGGAUAAUCAACGACUGCUUGGGGCUUCCGGCAGGGUUUCUGAGCGAGUACAACUCCGACAGGAACUGGGAUUUCAUGACCGCUCUCAGGUAUUUUCCGGCGACGGAGGAAGAGGACAACGGGAUCGCCCCACACCAAGAUGGCAACUGCGUCACCUUCGUGUUCCAGGAUGAGGCCGGAGGGUUGGAGGUCUGUCGAAACGGAGUCAGCUGGAUCCCGGCCACUCCUCAACCGGGUGCUAUCGUCGUCAACGUCGGCGAUGUUAUCCAGGUGUUGAGCAACAACAAGUUCAAGAGCGCAACGCACAGGGUGAUUCGGCCAAAAGGAAGGAGCCGCUACUCGUAUGCUUUCUUCUACAACUUAUUGGGGGAGAAAAUGGUGGAGCCAUUGCUGCAGUUCACUGAACAUCUUGGGGAGCUGCCGAAGUACCGCAAGUUUCAGUACGGAGAGUAUAUGCAAUUGAGGAUGAGGAACAAAUCUCAUCCCCCAGAAAACCCUCAAGAUGUUAUCCACAUUACCCACUACUCCAUCAACUAAUAACUCCUACACCAUGUUCACUAAACAUCAAUCCUUAUGUUCCAAGGAGUUUGAAAUCAAAUAAAUUGUACUAUGUGAUUGUUGUCUUGCUUUUUUUUUUUUUUUUGAAAAUGAUUUGCAGAGUAAAUUUGGACAUAUAGU